AAAAAAAAACUCCAGAUGACUUGAAAAGCUCUAUUUGGGAAAAAAAUAUUCUAGAUGAGUAAAUCAGCAUAGAAAAAUGAACAAAUUACAAACAUAGAUAAAUAUAAUAGAACAAAGAUAUAAAAUAAAUAAACAGUGCUUUAUAUUUUGAAUGAGAGAGACCGCGAUCUAACAAACUGCUCCAUAUAACAAAGCACUGUAAGCAAUAACGAUUAAAACAUCUAAUUGCCAGAUUCCCGGUGUCCUACCUAUAAUUAUUUUUUUCUGUACAAAUACAAAUCUUUAAAACCAGUUUUCUAAGUUUCGCACUAGCGAGUUUCACUGCUCGCGGCAGUCCACCUGUCACUCAAGUGGCCACGCCCUUAAUUAUGCAGAACUUUAAGGCUUAAUAUAAUUUAAACGGAUGAGUUAUAAAAAAAUUCACCCCCCUCACAGUUGUCACGAAGGGCAUAAUUAGCUAUAUAGACCAAAAUAAUUUUUUGUACCAGGCUGUAAACAUGUUUUUUUCUGCUGUAAAGUUGGGCAUUUUAACAUGGGGAGUCUAUAUGAUUGACUCCCUUUUGGAGCCAGCCUCCAGCGGCCAGUCGAUGAAUUGCAGUUUUAGUCACUUCCGUGUUGGUUUCAAGAGAGAGAGCGGGAGGUUGCCGCUAGGGCGCGACACGGCAAAUCCUUGCGAGUAAAUCCCUCAUUCUUUUUAUGACGUACUGACACAAAGUUCAAAGGAUUUGCAACGGUCGUUUAUCGCGUCCAGUGAAGACAGUGCGUCGCGGGGUGGCGUGAUGCGAUAGCUGUCGCGAAAAUGAUCAGUAUAAAUAUAACGGGAGUCCCUCCAAAGCUGUGUCCACCAUGUCCCUUUCUGUGCGCCCCACGCGGAGGGUCGUCGCCAGAUCCAUCACUAGGAGCCAGUCCUUCGCCGGAGUCAACUCCUACGAUAAGUCUUACAGGAACCUUUCUGUGUUCAGCACCCCGGCGUGUGUAAGGAAGACUCCCUCCAGAGCAAGCAGGAUGUUUACGCUCUCCACUAAAUCUCCUCCCCCAAAGGUGCCCCAGCCUGAGAGGCUGGACGAGGUGUACGAGGCCCUGAAGAGAGGACUGCAAUCCUACCUGCAAGUCCAUCAGAUGGAGCUGGACAGUCUGAGCAGACAAAUGAAGGAGUCGAAGAGAAACUCUCGCUUGGGUUUUUUGUAUGAACUUGACAAGCAAGUGAAAGUAAUUGAGAGAUUUAUGAGACGGCUGGAGUUUCAUCUCAGUAAGAUUGAUGAGCUCUAUGAGGCCUACUGUAUGCAGCGCAGACUGCGAGACGGAGCCGAUAAGAUGGUGAAGGCUUACACAGCCUCUCCAGGCAGCAGGGAGGCCAGAGAGAGUCUGUCUGAAGCUAACAAGAGCUUCAAAGAGUACACAGAGAAUAUGUGCAUGCUAGAGAGUGAGCUGGAGAACCAGCUGGGGGAGUUCCAUGUCAAAAUGAAGGGCUUGGCGGGUUUUGCACGACUUUGUGCUGGAGAUCAAUAUGAGAUCUUUAUGAAGUACGGUCGCCAGCGGUGGAAACUGCGGGGUCGAAUUGAAAUCAAUGGCAAGCAAGUGUGGGAUAGUGAGGAGAUGGUCUUCCUCCCCCUUAUCACAGAGUUCCUGUCUAUAAAGGUGACGGAGCUGAAGAGUCUAGCCAAUCACGUGGUGGUUGGAAGUGUCUCGUGUGAGACGAAGGACCUGUUUGCUGCCCUGCCUCAAACAGUAGCUGUGGAUAUUAAUGACUUGGGCACCAUUAAGCUCAGUCUAGAGGUCACCUGGAAUCCAUUCGACAAAGAUGACCAGUCGUCCUCAGCUAGCACCGUGAACAAAGCUCCUACUGUCAACAAACGCUUCUCUACCUACAACCAGAGUCCUCCAGAUACACCCUCUCUACGAGAGCAGGCCUUCUAUAAUAUGUUGAGGAGACAAGAGGAGAUGGAGAACGGAACGGCGUGGUCAAACUCUUCCGAAUCCUCUGAUGAUUCCUCCAGUCCUCAGCUUUCCUUGGCAAUGCGCCAUGCACACAAGAACUUAGUACAGCCUGAGGUACAAACUGCUCCUCCUGCCAUUGAAAUCUCAUUUGCACCCCGCGAAUCGGCGACCUCUACUCCCACCCGCCUGGCCAAUCAGAAAGAAGAGGACGAGGAGGAGGAAGAAGAGGAGGCUCUGAAGAAACCAACAGCCACCAUAACAGUCGCCACCGAGGCUCCUAUGAAACAGGAAGUGCCCAAUGGCCAUCCCCGCUAUUCUCGCUCCCUUAGCCACAUCAGUGAGAACAGCGCAGAUGGUGUUUUGACAGAUAGACUGGCUGGGGAAUCCUUGGAGGCCAAUGAAGUGACUUCAGUGGUCUCUUCGGUAUUUGUAAGUGACAUUGCCAUGGAUAUGCCCCUCCGAGCAGAACCAUGUUUUGUAGUACCAGACACUCAGGAGACCUGCCCCAUUUCUGAUCCCUCCACGAGUGAGCCAUCCUGUCCCGCUGAGCCACUGAACUGUUCAGAAAGUAGCUCUCCUGCAGAAACCACAGCUUGUGACUCUGAAAAAGCUACAGAGCCCACAUCUAGGCCCACCUGUGGAGACAAAGACUCUUUCCCCAAUACUAAUGCUUUGUCCCGGCAGAUGGACUCCGAGGAUCCAAGGACUGAUUCCUCUCAUGAGCCACACCUCACAAAGACUCAAACGGACGACCUGCUGGCAGAGAAGUCUGGUUCUUUAGUUGACACCAGACCUAUGGGUGAUUUGGAGGGACAAUCAGCAGACAGCAGUUUGGAGGAGGCCCUUGGUGCCGUUUUGUCCUCCCUUGAUGACUACAGAGGCCAGUUCCCAGAACUACAGGUCCUAGAGCAAGAGCUGAAGCUGUUGGAGGAGGCGCUAACAGUACAGAGUCGUAGUCGCUCAUCCAGUGUCAGUUUGACGGUUGAGACGGCUCUAGGGAGCUUUGACUUCCUAAAUACAUCAGACCUGGAGGAAGAGGAGGAGGAGGAUGGUGAGAGGCAGAGUGUGACAAACAGCGCAGAGGAGCGGCCAGCGGCUGUUGAAAGCGCAGGAGAGGAUGAGGGCUGUGAAGCGCGAUGUUGGGAUACUCCCUCCGGUCCUCUCAGCACAGGCUACCCGACUCUAGAUCACACCCUGCUGGUUCAUCUGAAGAACUGCAGCUCACAGCUGCUGAGGUUAGGCACAUUCGGGCCUCUGCGCUGUGGGGAGAUGUACGCUCUGGACCGACUUCUCAGGGAGGCGAGAGUCCUCGAGCUCAUACGAUGGGUUGUGAAGGACUCGAGGGGCGAAGUCAUCCAACCAGAGGAAGUUGUUCCUCAGUUAGAUCAGUGCCAGGGGGCUGUGUUGCUGUGGAAGCAGUGCACGGAUGGCUGCAGCGUCUACAGCACUUCCACAGAGGCCUUCUUACAGGCACUCAGCGACACUUACGCCAGCAAACUCCCUGAGAGAGGAGCCGGAUUCACAGACACAGUGUUUCUGCGUUUGCUGGAGCGAAUCUUGGAGAGGAAGCUGCCCAGGCGUGCAGGAGUUGCGUCCAAAGAGACUCUCACCCUCUUUCAGUUUUGGAGCUACCUGGAAGCAGAGGGGGUGAAUGACUUAGACACACACAUUCCUGAGCUGGCUGAAGAAGUGUGGCUAGUUCAGUGCCUGCAGUCUGGAGAUCAGGAUGUUCUGGUAAAAUCUUUGAAGAAGCCUCCAGAGUGCAGUCUGAAGAGGAAGGGCUUGCGUGCAGUCAGUCUGCUGCUGAGGGAUCCGAGGGGGAAAGUGUGCAGUGCAGCCAGCUCCCUGCUGCGGAGUCUAGCUGACCAAACCCGCCACAGGGAGAGGGCGUUGGUGAGCUGUCUAGAGUUGCUGGAGGAUGAAAGUGUUGAGACGCGGGUGUGUGGAUGUAAAGCACUCGCAUGUCUGAAGGCCAAAGAGAGCAUCGAGCAGCUGGUGUAUCUGUGCCGGACAGAUAAGGAGGAUGUGAGGGAUGCUGCCAAACAAGCUCUGCUUGUGCUAGGUGAGGAGGGGAAGAUGGCCCAUCGACACCUUGAGUCCUCACAGGAUGGAAUGUCCCGGCUUUUUGCGCCUGGCAGCAUGGCCAGUACAGCUUUCUAACACAAUCAACUGACCGAUACUUGUACUUGCGUCUCAGUAUCCUCACCGUCAUGAUCAUGCCAAUUACAAACUUUAAAUGCACACUAUUAAAAAAAAACUAUAAAGCAGUUUUAAUGACACAAAUCAGCGUGAUCACGCAAGAGAUAGAGUGUCAGCAUCGUCCUCAAAGAGGUGGACGGAUGUUAUACAAUCGUUGGACAAGAGGACUUAUAUGUCAGUCUGUAUGUUAUUAAUAUUUUGAACAUGGCCUAAGUUCAACUACUGUAAAGUGAUGAGGUAAGAUACAUAGUGGGAAUGGGUUCAUUAACAAUGUUUUGCUGCCUUAAGAUUCGGCCCAAUGUAGUUGCCUUCAUGAUUCAUGGAAUGAAGCUGGACCCUGAUCAGCAAUACAAGUGAUGGGAGAUUGGUGCAAGCAAGGCAGUGACUACCUGCAGAGUACAUAGAGAAUAUGAUUGUCCACUUUGUGAAGAGUGCUUAUAUGGGUGUACAUAAUGAUUGGAGAAUGUAUGUUGGUAGCUGAGGGGGUAGCUCCACCUCGAAACGUAGGAUGGGGAUCUUGGAAAGUAUUUCCUUAUUCAUCCCAAACUUUCUUAGGGACCUUGUUGCCAUAGUAACAGUGCCAUUCCAUACUGUCAUAUGCUUUAUUGAUACAGAAUAUAUAUCUAUAUUCCAUUGGAAGUGUAAAUGUUUUGUGUUGUAAUUUAGUUUAAAUGUUUAAAUGCUCAAUAGCCAAUACAGAUCUGAUUUGACUCACCAUGCACUUCACAUUUAAGCCACUGGCAUUGUAAUAUCUGCUGUAAAAGUGGUGAAGCUGUUCAUUUUUUAUUCAUUUAUGAAGAUGUCAUCAUUAUUAUGAGUGAAAGCUGUAAACUGUGGUGAAUAUUGCCUUUUGCAAGAGGUUCCGACAACCUUUCCACGCUUGUGAUCUGUAGAAUGGCCAUGGAUCAUGGUUGACUCAGAGCAUUUCUCCAGUGCUGCUAGACAGAAAGGUUCUGAGUUGGAACCAGAGAAGGUUCGUUCAUUUUUACCUGACAUUAUUUUCUAGUUCAAUCUGUUCCAGACUUAAAUAUGACAAAGAACGCCUCUUCAGUGUAUAAGUGCCUCAAAGUAGUACGGGGAGCAAGAGAAUGAGAUAGACUUUAUUUAAAACUCAACGCUGCGGUUUAGGAUUGCAAACUGCAGAACAGAUUUAAAUAUAUUUUUCAUUAUUAUCUACAGAUUGUGCAGCAUUAAAGAAGUGAUUUACUUUUGAUUUUUUUUAUUUACUCUAAAUAUGUUUAUUGUCUGACAAGGAUAUUGCUGACAUCAACUGUAAAGGAAACUAUUAAAAUUAUGGACACUAAAACUUGGGUGACUUAUUUAUUAACAAAUCUGAUACCUGUUAUUUGUACUUUGUCACUAAGAAAAUUGGAAAAUAAAGGAAUUACAUAACUGGA